AAUGGUCCUCUCUCCUCCCUCAAACCCGCACGUUCUCUCUCCCAAGUCCCACCCAACCCUCUGGAACUCCUCUGUUUAUCUCAGCCGCCGCCGACCAUCUUGUUCCACCAUCGAUUCGGGCCUUUCCUGAAUCUCCCCGAAGCUCCACAACUUUCAUCGAUGUCAAUCCCAGCCGCGGCUGGCCAUCUCGUCCCACCAUCAAUCCGGUUCCUGCCUGACCGCCGCUCUGCAAACACCGGUGCGUCAGCCCUCUGCAACUCUCAGUCAAUCCCAACCGCCUCCGGCCAUCUUGUCCCAUUAUCGAUUUGGUUCCUCCCUGAUUGCCGCUCCGCAACCACCCCUGAUUCUCACUGCCUCUUCAUUAGCCCAAUAGCCCGUCUUGCCACAAGAGAUGAAUGGAGGGAAAAGUCAUUGUCUUUUGUUAGAUCCAGAGUUCUAAUGGGAUGGAAGUGUUGCUACUUGCUGGUGAUUCCCAAUAGCUAUGGCUUCGCGUCGAUUUGA